AUGACUCAGUUCCAAGAGCCAACACCACCGCAGCAUGUCAAGCAGGAGGAUGACAUGGAGCGAGGCCGUCAACGGAGCCGAAUGGGAGCCAAGGACAGUGAGGGCAAUGAAAGUGAUCACGGAGGCGAUGAUGAUAACAAGAAUGGCAAUUCGUCCAACUCGGACGGCCCGGUGAAAAAGAGGCGGCGAAGUCGCAAAGGUCUGGACAAGAAAUUCGAGUGCCCUACUGAGGGUUGUGGCAAGAGUUAUUCCAGGGCUGAGCAUCUCUACCGUCAUCAGCUGAACCACUCGCCGAAGCGAUACUACGUAUGCGACUUCCAAGACUGCAACCGGACCUUUGUCCGACUCGACUUGUGCAACCGCCACAAGGACCGCCAUACCGCCAAAGGUUCCGCGCUGAGUCGGAAAGAUUCCUUGCUCAGUCAGAGUUCACCUAUCGACAACGUAAGAUCUCCAUACCCUACCCCGGGCUCGACGUCAACGUCCCCCAGUUACCAUAGACCUGGGCACAACUCUUGCCAAGAAUAUGGAGCUCACCCUCAGUAUCAGUCUCCAAAAGAUACCGUUGGUACCCCGUAUACGCCCAUAACAAACACGCCCCCAACCGGGUUUCCUCAUGCCGGCCCCCCAAAUGGACCUGAUGGAUACAUACAUCACGAGCAGGGCUACGGCUCCCAAGGUGCGCGACAUCCGCACCAAUCCCCGGCAGGGCAUCCACGGCCGCACAUACAGACCAACGUGGGAUCCUACGGGGUCCUGUCGCCGGUGUCGACCCAACAUGGUAGCUAUCACAGCCAACCUGCUAACACCCCCCAGUCUGCCUCGACCAUGCCUUAUACUGCCCCAAACAAUUUCCCUCCGUUUACUCUGCCCCCGUCAGAUUUUGCAACGACGUCCGCCUCUGGUAUGCCCCAGGAGUCUGGUCAGCCGUAUGCGCCUCCGACCUCGGGCGAGUACAGUGACCAUGCGCAUCCCCAAGCAUCUGAUGACAUGCUGCUCCUGGACCAGAUGACUUCACAGGCCACUAUUCCGGUAUUCGGCAACGAUGGUGUCUUGAAUAAGUCGCCAUAUAUAUCGAUUCCGGAGGAUUUUGUCGCCUACCUGUUUAAUACCACAGCCCCCGAUGGGUCCCCUACUGUAGGCCACAUAUUGCCGCAGAACCGGUAUUCGAAUUAUGGUGAUUAUCAACAUCAGUAUAGCAUGCCGUACUACGGGACUGAUGGUGUGUCUGUCGGGUACUUUCCGCCAUCGAAUCAACCACAGCAGGUCAUGUCGGUCACGAAUCUCCUCGACACGAAUCUUCCAGAGUCUCUACUGUCUGAAGAGAAGAGCCAGGAAAUAUUCGACUUCAUCAAGGAUAGAUUCCAUGAAAGCGAUCACGCCCCAGUCGAACGCCAGAGAGAUACUAUUCUCGAAGGCGAUAGGGGCGAUGAGAACCACAUGUUGAGUCGCAAGAUGAUGCAGCAAUACAUAGGCUCUUACUGGCUGCACUUCAGUGACCAGGUGCCAAUCCUCCACAAAGCGUCAUUCUCGCCAGAUAAGAUACCAAACCACCUGCUGAUGGCCGUCAUGGCUAUAGGCGCGGCUUGCCUGGACAGGAGUCAUGGCCAAAAGGUGACCAAAGCCGGUGCCCAGCUGUCCAAUUUCCUAGCGUGGCAUUUGAGAUGGGAAGUUUUCAUGGAUCGGAAUUUCCGGCCACCCGCCAAGCUGUGGAUCUUCCAAACUUUGUUGCUUCUGGAACUCUAUGAGAAGAUGUACUCGACAAGGGAGCUUCAUGAGCGGGCCCAUAUUCAUCACGCCACGACGAUCACGCUCAUGCGAAGAGGCCGGUCCUUGAUUGGAAAGUCUGCGAUGGACUCGCCGCCGACUUCGCGAGAGGACAAACCUGGUGGAAACGGGUCGCGACAUUCGUCUACGUCUGGCCUGGCGCACACUCCAGACGAAUGGUGGAACCACUGGAUCACCAACGAGACAACGCGACGUGCUGCCUUUGCGGCCUUCCUCAUCGACUCGAUACAUGCUACUAUGUUUGGACAUUCGACUGUCAUGGUGGCGCACGAGAUGCGCCUACCGCUGCCAUGUGACGAGCAGCUGUGGAAGGCCACGAGCGGCGCCGAGGUUGCGAGGAUCGACGCGAACCUCAUGUCCAACGGCAUCAAGCCUAUCUCCUUCCUCGAAGGGCUCAAGCGGACACUGGCCGGGGACGAGGUGCAGACGAGCGCUUUUGGCAGGCAGAUUCUCAUGGCCGGCUUGUUAAGUGUCAGUUGGCACAUGAACCAGAGAGAUCUCCAGCUCAGCUCCCUGGGUGAUGCGCAACGCUUACUCGGUGGACGCGACAAGUGGCGGUCCACCCUUACCAAAGCGUUCGACUCUUGGAAGACUGACUUCGAUAAGUCACUACAACGUUCCGACUCGGUGGUCGACCCGUACAGCUACGACAAGAGGAAUGAAGCCAAGGUGGUAUUCGAGAGCCGGACUGUGCUACAUCACCUCGCACACAUGGCCAUGCACGUGGAUAUCGUGGACUGCCAGAUCUUCGCACGCGCGAAGCGUCUGCUCGGCCGGGCGAUCGGGGCACAAGACCUGAGCAGCGCACAGAGGAGGAUGGAAAAACUCUGGGCGCCUUCUGCAAAGGCUCGCGAUGCCACCUUCUAUGCUGUGAAAUUCUUAUGUUUUGCUCUACUCGAUCACAGCACCACAUCGACAUCCCACCGCUACGGCCAGUCGGGCGGUGCCGCGUAUAAUGCGAGAGACGAUGUCCUGCUAAAUCGCCCAUGGGUGCUGUACUUUGCAGCACUGGUCGUUUGGUGCUACGGCUUCGCUCUCGAGGGGCCUUGUGCCGAGGUCCCGGUUCCCAACACAGCGCAGGAGAAGCACGAAGCAAUGCGGAGUUACCUACAGAGACUUGGAUCGAUUGAAACACCCGAGGAUCUGAAGUCCAUGAAGGACGUCAACAACAACAGCGCUCUGCUCCUCGUACUCAAGGACACCUUUGAGUCUACCCGCUGGGAGUUGCUGCACGAAGGCGCGAUACUGCUGGGCAAUUGCGUCCAGCUCAACAGCGGCUCUGCCGUGAUAUGA